AUGUCGUUCACUGUUAUGGAUGGAGAGUUCCUCCUCGAUCAUUCUUUUUCUCUAUCAAUGUGCAUUGGAGCUGCAGGGUUUUGCGUUGUGUUUUGUCUUGAUCAGGUUAUUAAAGUGAAUACAAAAGUAAAUAUUGAUUUUAAUCCUGGGUUUAUUAUGGAUAAAUCUUGGAUUUCUAAGCAACGACAUACAGAUGAAUACUUAAUUGGAUUAAGUCAAUUCUUAGAUUUUGCUUUUGAGAAUGGAGCUAUUGAUAAUACGAUACGAUGUCCUUGUCCGAAAUGUGGCUGGAAAUACCGUACUAGAGACAUAGUUGAGGAUCAUUUGAAGUUUCAACAAUUCCCCAAACACUAUGUCACGUGGAACCUUCAUGGGGAGAGAGAAGUACCAACAUCUUUUCGAAAUGAAAAUAUUGCGCAAAAGAUACAUUUCUUUGAAAAUUCGAUAGAAACAAUGGUCAAAGAUGCAUUUGGGCAUUAUAAAGAGCAGGAGACUAAUAUAGACGAAUCACACCUACCAGAGGAAAAUGAAGGGCCAGACGAGGAUUCUAGUGAUUUUCAUGAGUUUAUUAACGAUGGAAAUCAGACAUUACAUGAAGGAAGCAAGGACACAAAACUAGAAUUUUUACUCAAACUAUAUCAUAUAAAGAUUUUGUGUGGAUUAAGUGACAAGGCGUUGACGAUGAUACUAGAUUUAUUGAGAGAGGCAUUUCAACAAGCAAAGUUGCCUCCUUCUUUUUAUGAGGCAAACAAAAUCAUCAAUAAACUUGGUCUUAAAUAUACCAAAAUAGAUGCAUGUCCAAAUGAUUAUAUGUUAUAUUUGGGAGAUGAUGAAAAAGAGUUGAAUGCAUGCAAGCAUUGUGGAACAUCUCGAUGGAACCUCGAGAAGAAGAAAAAACAACCUUUAAAGGUUUUACGCUACUUUCCGUUAAAACCAAGAUUGCAAAGAUUGUUCAUGAGUUGUAAGACUGCAAAUCAUAUGAGAUGGCAUGCCUCAGAGAUUAAUAAGGAUGGGUUAAUGAGGCAUCCAAGGGAUGGUGAGGCAUGGAAGGCAUUUGAUUUGAGGCAUCCUGGAUUUGCUUCAGAUCCUAGAAACGUUCGAUUGGGACUUGCGACUGAUGGUUUUAAUCCUUUUGGUGCCAUGAGUCUUUCCUAUAGUAUUUGGCCAGUAUUCUUAACUCCGUAUAAUUUUCCUCCUUGGAUGUGUAUGAAGCACACCACUUUCAUUUUAUCGAUGAUCAUUCCAGGAAAGGAGAUUCCUGGAAAUAAGAUAGAUGUUUACUUGCAGCCCCUUGUAAAAGAGUUAAGUGAGCUAUGGAAUGAUGGUGUAGACACAUUUGACGCCUCAAUGAAUGAAACUUUUAGAAUGCGGGCAGCUCUUAUAUGGAUAAUUAGUGACUUUCCCGGCCUAAGGAGUCUAUCUGGUAGGAACACCUAUACUGGUUUGGCUUGCCUAACUUGUAAUUUUGACACUGAGCCUUGUCGUCUUAAUCAUGGUAGUAAAUGGUGUUUUAUGGGUCAUCGUCGUUUUUUGAGAAAAAAUCAUCAAUUUAGAUUUAAUCGUGUUCGCUUUGAUGGAAGUAUGGAGGAACGAAAUCCACCAUCAAAAAAAUCUGGAUCCGACAUUUUAAGGCAAAUAAAUAAUCGUAAUGGAGGAGCAAUGUUGGAUGGUUGCAAAAAAAGGUCAAGACCAGGACCAAAGCAAUGGAGGAAAAAAAGUAUAUUCUUUGAACUUCCUUAUUGGGAGUAUAACUUGUUGCGACAUAAUCUUGAUUUUAUGCAUAUUGAAAAAAAUGUGUGUGACAAUGUAUUAUAUACGAUGCUCAAUGAUAAGAAUAAAUCAAAAGACAAUCUCAAUGCUCGGAAAGAUUUGAAACAAAUGGGUAUAAGGCCUGAUCUUUGGCCUGAUGAAAAAGGGACGUAUCAUCUUGCGUUGUAUUCACUGACACGUGAUACCAAAAAGUUGUUUCUUAAAACUUUGAAGAAUGUCAAACUAACAGAUGGUUAUUCAAGCAACAUUUCAAGAUGCGUUAAUGAGGCACAACAAAAGAUAUUCAGACUGAAAAAUCAUGAUUGCCAUAUUAUACUGGAACAACUUUUACCAUUUUGCAUACGCAAUUUAUUGCCACACAAUGUUACAACAGUCUUGGUGGAGUUAUGUUCAUUUUUUAGAGUUCUUUCUGGGAAAUGUUUGAACCUGUCAGAACUUCAAAUUCUCCAAGAUCGCAUAGUUAUUACACUUUGUCACAUGGAAAUGUUAUUCCCUCCAUCAUUCUUUACAGUUAUGGUUCAUUUAACUGUUCAUCUUAUAGAGGAAGCUAAACUUGGAGGUCUGGUGCAUUAUAGAUACAUGUAUCCCAUAGAGAGGGGAUUGGGUCAUUUAAAGUCUUUUGCGCGUAACAAGGCUCAACCAGAAGGUUCUAUAGCUGAAGGUUACUUAGCCGAAGAGUCUCUUACUUUUUGUUCUCGAUACCUUGAUAAUAUAGAGACAAGAUUUAAUAGACCUGGUCGUGUUUGUGAUGACCCAAAUGAGGAUAAGUCUUCCUCUACAUCAUUUAUCUUUCCUCAACUUGGUAAACCAGUAGGAGCUUCAUCAACAUUCACUUUAACCCCAAUGCAAAAGUUACAAGCUCAUCGAUAUCUCCUUCUAAAUUGUGAAGUAGUAACGCCAUUUAUUGAGGAAUUUAGACAAUUCAUAAAAAGAAGUUCAAGGUCAAGAAGACUUUCAGCUACAGAGAUUGAAAAGAGAUUAGUUAAAGAAUUUGCUGAUUGGUUUAAAAAACGGAUUUUGAAUCCAGAAACAUUAAGUACAAUGUCUACCGACCUUAAAAUUCUAGCUCGUGGCCCUUUAACAGUGCAAGAAGAUUUAGUGCUUAUAACAUCAAUGGUUUCAAAUUUCGAACCUUGGCUCGAGAAGCGGGAUUGA